AUGGCGGCUGUGAGUUGCAUUGUUGUUGUUCGCUACUUUGAAGAUUUCAUUACCACUCGUGUUGAUGUUGAAACCACACUUGAUGAGUUUAAGGACCAAUUUUGCAAGCAAUGGAAGCAAUUUACUCCAUUUGGUAUUUGUUUCUUCUUCCAAGAAGCCUCCUCAUCUAGCUCCAGGUCAUCUUCUUCUAUUACUAAUGGUUCUAGUACGUCGUCGAGAAACACUCAAUCACUUGGAAUGUAUUUGGAAGAUAAGAGCAAGCCUGCAAAACCUUUGUUAUCGGAUGGUUGGCUAAGGUCCUUGGUCAGGGCUUAUAACCCUGAGCACACUUGUGGUGUUGGUGGGCGUAAUUUAAACCAAAAAUACUCGACAAGCUUCACGUCUAGUUUGAUUGAGAAAGAAGCUUAUAAUGGGAGGGAAAAGGUGUACAAGUCCAUUUAUGGUGAUGAUGUGAAGUCAUACUCACACUUGGUAUGGUAUAUGAAUGCUAUCAUGGAAACAAACCCAUGUAGUGUGAUAGACUUUGAAUUUUACCCUGCAAAGAAACAGUUCCAAUGGAUUUUCAUCUUGUUUGCUGCAUGCAUCCAAGGGUACCGGUGUUGUCAAUUAAUGGUCUACUUGGAUGCUACUUUCCUUACUGGUAUAUUCAGAGGUUGCUUGAUUGCAGCUACUUGGAUCAAUGGUGAUCAUGGAUUUUUCCCACUUGCUAUAGCACUAGUUGAUGCUGAGAAUAACAACAACUGGGAAUGGUUUUUAAGAAAUUUGACUCAAAAUAAUCUGCCCAUCACUGGCUCAGAUCCUAGGUACACACUUAUGUUUGACCAUUUCCAAGAAGCGACAUACGCACUCUCACCUGAAAACCAUGCUAAGGCCAUACAAAAAAUUACAUAUUUGAAUUGCGAUUGGGUAGAUGAUUACAUAGAUGACAUCCCACCUGAAUCAUAUAUGAAUGCCUAUUUCAAAGGUUAUCGAUGUGGACGCACAACUAGUACUUCGGGAGGAUCUUUCAAUAGUUGGAUUCUGAUUAGGAUGAAAGUAAUGGUGAUGAUGACAGACCAUCAUGAUGAUGACGCUAAGAUGAUGACUCCAUUAACUCUAGAGUGUAAGAAAAAUCUUGAGGCUCUUCAAGAUGAAGGUUUGUAUUGGAAAGUGGGAAUAUAUUGUUUCCCUUGUGAUCAUGCUCUUGCAUCCAUACGAAAGAUUAAACAUCAAGCUAUUGACUUCGUUCCAUCGUAUCUUACAAGUAACUAUUUUCGGAAAACUUAUGUGCAUUGCAUCCAAUCGAUUCCCAACUACAACAGGCCUGCAGAUAUUGAUGAAGAUCACACCAUCAACCCUCCUAUUAUAUAG